UCCCUCCCCCCUCCAUCUGCUCCCAAAAUCCCCCAAAAAAACCCUUGCACCGUCGUUGAUAAACGUCGUCGCCGGUUUCCUUUCCCCUGCAUCAUCUCACAUGUUUCUCCAUUGGGUUCGAAGACUUGGUCGUUGAGAGAAGAGUGCAUCGCGGACAUCCUUCCUCCGUCGACACUUUAUAUGGCGAUUGAAAACAUACCAGGAAUGGCGAGAACAAAGACAACAUGCUACAUGUCGACGAAAAAAACAACCGGAAGAAAAAGAACCUGCUGGAAAACAGCCUGCUACCUAUGAAUCUCGACAGGUUGUCAUCCGUGAAGGGGAGUCAUAUGACUCUAAUUUGGGCCCUAGUAAGAAAUGGCCACGAGAUGGGUUAAUGAAGUGUCCCUGCGAGAAGAAUAAGA